CCCGGCCCCGGGACCCGCGCAGAGGCCGGCGCGCCGGGAGCGGGCGGGCUGGCAGCGGCCGGGCGGGGAGGCCGAAAGUUUCUCAGCCCGCCUCGGCCAGCGAGUGGGAGCCGGGAGCUGCAUUCCGCGCGGUGGGGCCGGCCCGGCUCGCUCAGCAGCUCUGGAAAAAGAGAGACUGGAACACACCGGGAAACACUGGGAAGAAAAAAAAAAAAAAUCCCAAUUGCGUCCGAGGCGCAGGGGCCAGGUCUACAGGCUCUCGCAGGCUCUAUGAGGGCUUUGCUAUGACCGCAGUCCCCUCGCGGAGACAAAACCGCCCCUUGCUGCCGCAGCCUCUCCAGGUCCCCGCCCCGCCCUGCCCCGUCCUCAGCCCUGCGUCACCAUGGGCAGUGUCAGUAGUCUCAUCUCCGGCCACAGCUUCCACAGCAAGCACUGCCGGGCCUCGCAGUACAAGCUGCGCAAAUCCUCCCACCUCAAGAAGCUCAACCGCUAUUCUGACGGGCUGCUGAGGUUUGGCUUCUCCCAAGACUCGGGCCAUGGCAAGUCCAGCUCCAAAAUGGGCAAGAGCGAAGAUUUCUUCUACAUCAAGGUCAGCCAGAAAGCCCGGGGCUCCCACCACCCAGAUUACACGGCGCUGUCCAGCGGGGACUUAGGGGGCCAGGCUGGGGUGGACUUUGACCCGUCCACACCCCCCAAGCUCAUGCCCUUCUCCAACCAGCUAGAAAUGGGCUCCGAGAAGGGUGCAGUGAGGCCCACAGCCUUCAAGCCUGUGCUGCCACGGUCAGGAGCCAUCCUGCACUCCUCCCCAGAGAGUGCCAGCCACCAGCUGCACCCUGCCCCCCCCGACAAGCCCAAGGAGCAGGAGCUGAAGCCUGGCCUGUGCUCUGGGGCACUGUCUGACUCCGGCCGUAACUCCAUGUCCAGCCUGCCCACACAUAGCACCAGCAGCAGCUACCAGCUGGACCCACUGGUCACACCAGUGGGACCCACCAGCCGUUUUGGGGGAUCUGCCCACAACAUCACCCAGGGCAUCGUCCUCCAGGACAGCAACAUGAUGAGCCUGAAGGCGCUGUCCUUCUCCGAUGGAGGUAGCAAGCUGGGCCACCCAGGCAAGGUGGACAAGGGCCCAUCGUGCGUCCGCUCCCCGAUCUCCACGGACGAGUGUAGCAUCCAGGAGCUGGAGCAGAAGCUGUUGGAGAGGGAGGGUGCCCUCCAGAAGCUACAGCGCAGCUUCGAGGAGAAGGAGCUUACCUCUAGCCUGGCCUACGAGGAGCGGCCGCGGCGCUGCAGGGACGAGCUGGAGGCCCCGGAGCCCAAAGGCGGCAGCAAGCUCAAGCAGGCCUCGCAGAAGAGCCAGCGCGCACAGCAGGUCCUGCACCUGCAGGUGCUGCAGCUUCAGCAGGAGAAGCGGCAGCUCCGGCAAGAGCUCGAGAGCCUCAUGAAGGAGCAGGACCUGCUGGAGACCAAGCUCAGGUCCUACGAGAGAGAGAAGACCAGCUUCGGCCCUGCACUGGAGGAGACCCAGUGGGAGGUAUGCCAGAAGUCAGGUGAGAUCUCCCUCCUGAAGCAGCAGCUGAAGGAAUCCCAGACAGAGGUGAACGCCAAGACCAGUGAGAUCCUGGGUCUCAAGGCGCAGCUGAAGGACACACGGGGCAAGCUGGAGGGCCUGGAGCUGAGGACCCAGGACCUGGAGGGCGCCCUGCGUACCAAGGGCCUGGAGCUAGAGGUCUGUGAGAAUGAGCUGCAGCGCAAGAAGAAUGAGGCGGAGCUGCUGCGGGAGAAGGUGAACCUGCUGGAGCAGGAGCUGCAGGAGCUGCGGGCCCAGGCUGCCCUGGCCCGCGAGAUUGUGCCGCCCACCUUCCCUGAGGACGUGCCGGCCCUGCAGCGGGAGCUGGAGCGGCUGCGGGCCGAGCUGCGGGAGGAGCGGCAAGGUCACGACCAGAUGUCCUCGGGCUUCCAGCACGAGCGGCUGGUGUGGAAGGAGGAGAAGGAGAAGGUGAUCCAGUACCAGAAGCAGUUGCAGCAGAGCUAUGUGGCCAUGUACCAGCGGAACCAGCGCCUGGAGAAGGCCCUGCAGCAGCUGGCCCGUGGGGACAGCGCCGGGGAGCCCUUGGAGGGGCUGGAAGGGGCUGACAUCCCCUACGAGGACAUCAUAGCCACCGAGAUCUGAGGAGCUGUCUGGGAAGGCGAGCCCUGGGGACCUGGCACUGCGAGGCGGGGCUCUCCUGAGCAUCCCCACUGCUCAGCAACUCAGACUCCUCGGAGAGACGCCACUCCCUGGGACACAGACCCAGGAGCCCCGAGGGGUGGACAGGAUGGCCUUUCCUUCCCUCUUUGAUGUCCCAGUGCUCACCUGCCCUGCAGCCCACCCGACCUCAGGCCCUCCCUCCCCUGGCUUUCCCAGGAAAUGGGUCCAGGGGGUCUCUCUGCUUUGGUUUAGGGCUCUCUAAUAAACUUUGGCCUUUGUUCAAAAUAGAGAUAUCCUCUCCCCCUCCUCCAGGGAAGGUGGCCACACCAAGUACAGAGGCUCCCCUCCGCUUCUCAACCCAACCUCUUUUUCCUCCUGGACACACUGGAAUGUCUUGGAAACAGAAGGAAGCCAUAUAUGACCAGAAGCCUUGGAAUCUGGCCCCAUCACAACCUGAGCUAUUUUCCUCUGGCCGCAGAGAUGUAGGGUUGGAGUGAGUUGUGGGGGAGCUAGCUUUGAAACCUCAGGGCUGUCCCAGCCCUGGCAAGCCACAGGAAGGAGGGGAGAGCCAGGCAGUCUGGCAGUGUGGAGCCCUCACAGCCUGAGGAGGGCAGAGAGAGAAGCCAGGGGCGGGUGAUGGCCAGUCCCUGGGGCCCAGCCCCUGUCUGCUGGUUCCACCAAUGAAAACUGAGCAGCUUCUGGACAGCUGGUAGCCUUUGAUCUCAGUGGCCACUCUUCAAGCCAUAGACCCUAAAGCCUUGGGCUGGGUGCUGGGAAGGGAAGGUUGAAGCCACCUUGAACCAGAGGGUGUGGCUUCCCAGCUAUCCUCGGCAAGCCUUCCCAUCUGGCAGGGAGGCCCUACCUAGUUCAGGUUGGCUGGUGGCUACUCUGGAACGUUUUUCCUUCCCCAAAAUUGAGCUUUUGCUUGAUCCAGAAGAGAUCUAACAUGGCACAUAUGUGAUCGGGGCAUUUUCCUCCUCUGCCUACGGCCAGGUUUGGUGGCACAUCUCUCCCCUUACCACUUCAGGUCUGAGUUCUGGGUUUCUAUAGGUCAGGAUGGGUCCUCACAAUGCCAGGAAGCCAGAGCCCCAAGCAGGAAGAAAAAGAGGCAUAUACACGACAGUGUGGAUAGCCUGGCCACCAGCCAUCCCUCCUCCACCUCAAGGCCCCCAUUUGUCCCAGACUAAAGGAUCCAGAAAGCAGCUCCCUUUCUCAGGAGCUUGGGCAGUGCCCCAGGGAGUCUAGGGUUUCUCUGCAGAUAUGCAGAGCUGGAGGUGGUGGUAGAGAGGGAGAAAAGGUGGAGUCUCUCUGCUGUUUGAUUCAGGGAUUUUAUUUUUGUUUUUAGGAGACGGGGUCUUGCUCUGUCCCCUAGGCUGCAGUGCAGUGGCAUGAUCAUAACUCACUGCAGCCUCAUACUCCUGGGCUCAAGCAAUCCUCCUGACUCAGCCCUCCAGCUAGCUGGACUACAGGUGCAUGCCACCAUGCCUGGCUAACUUUUCUUUUUUUUUUUUUUUUGUAGGGAUGGAGUCUUGUUUUGCCCAAGGUGGUCUUGAACUUCUGGCCUCAAGCAGUCCACCUGCCUUGGCCUCCCAAAGUGCUGAGACUGCAGAUGUGAGCCAUUGUGCCUGGCCAGAUUUUUCUUUUUUUUUUUUCUUUCUUUCUUCGUUUUUUCUUUCCUGUCUUUUCAGAAGCAAGCCAGGCCUAGCAGGCUGUUCCAUGUUCUAUUUUUGACUGUAGCCACAGCUGCUGUUCUCAGGACGGCAGCCCUUCCCACAUGCCUGCGCCUGCUGCCUGCUGAGGAGGGGAGCCUCUGGGAACUCGAGAGUCCAAGGCCAGUUCCCAUGUCAGCCUCGCCCACCACUGGCCCUUAGAGACCCCAAGGUGGGGGUGGGAAGAUGCUUCCUUCCUUGCCACCCGCCCUCCUGGGUCCCAGCCCUUCCCUGAGUGUAGGAUGUGGGCAGAGUCACCUUUUCUGUGGCUGGCUCUGUCUUCCUGCCCCUGGGGUUAAACAAUGCCCAUCCUGCCAUCCUCAAAUGACAGAGGAGGUUUUCUGGAAUUUCAAGCCAUUGCUCUUAGUCACAGCCUAGGUUUAAACCUGGAAUCUACAAGCCAAAAGUCCCUUGCUGCCUGAGGGCGGAACCCUCCAUUGGGCACAGUUCAGACCCGAGUCAAAGAUGUCCCAUUCCUUGCGCCCUCCCCCGCUCCCCAGCCCUCAGUUCCUUUAUUUUCCACCAGGCUGUACCUUGUUUGAGUUUUUCCUCCUGGUGAGACUGCCCCACGGAAAGAGAGGAAAGGCUGGCUCCCCAUCCCCAGGCUGGAGACCCCCUACACCAAGAAAGAGCAGCCAGAGUCCAGCACUCUGCCCUCCGAUGCUGCUGGAGAAGUAGUGGCUGCCACCCCCAGGGACAGGCCCUGAGACAUGAGGCUGUGCUCCACUGUGGUGUGCUGGUGCCCUCCAUAUACAGGAGCACAGCCUUCUCCAUAUCUCCAUGGCCCUGUCCCAGGGCAGCCCAGACAUGUCCCCACCAGGCCUUGUUCGGUGUCUGAUGUGGCAGAUGUCUUUCCCAGGCUGCCACCAGCCCAGGCCCCAGAGUGGCCCAUGGUGGCACUAGAAUGCAAGUGUCCUGUGACUUACCAACCUCACCUUCCUGUGGGUUUUCUUUCCUGUCCUGUCCAAAAGCGCCCUCGCUCUUCUUGGACCAUACCAGAUUCCGCCUCUCUGGAAAGAGGCUCUGGACAGCAGAGGCCUCCAAGCAUGGAGCCUGGCCCCAGGCCCCAGACAGGGUGGGCUUCCUGCCCUUUCUUCUGGGCACACCUACUGGCACGCUGGCCCACGCGGUCGAACGAACCUGCUGUGGCCCCAGAGGACGUCUGCAAGAGAGAACAUCACGCCACACCACCUCACCAAGGAUUGCACUCUGCCUCUGGGCCUUGGAAUGUCUGGACUCUCCCGCGGUUCCCUCCUAGGUCUCCUGGUGAACUCCUGCCAGGCACACACAGCCCCUAUAGCACUGAGCUCAGAUGGGACUGGGGUAUGGGGGUAUCUCUCUCCAGAGAGGCAUGUGCUCAGCCUCCUGUGCCUGGCCCGAGCCUGGGCCAUCUCUCAGGUGAAACAGUUCCCUGAAACGAAGCCAGGCCAGGCUGUAGAAGCAGCAGCUUUGGAAGAGGGGUUUCCCUGCAGACCCAAGUCAUCAUGCAGUGGAUGCUGCUAUGACAGAGGCUGAACCCCUGAGCCAGCGGGACUCCUUACCCACCUCCUGCGCAGGUGGACUUCACGCUUCGCCUGCAGGCAGAGCUGGAUCCCCCAACAGGGGCAGGCUGGGACGGACCAGCAUUUGGAAGAAGAUGUACAUAGUUAUUUUUCUCUUUGUGGUUUCUGGUUUGGUUUGGUUUGCUUUCGACAGCUUCAUUUUCUUUCUGAUGUCACUUUUUGGCCAUGUAAACUAUUUGUGGCAAUUUUAUGUUUUUAUUUAUGAAUAAAGAAUGCCAAUUCUCACGCC